UACCUAACAGCGUCGACCGAAACCAAAACGAGAGGAGCGCAGUCGUCUUAACGAUUCUUUUUUUUUUUUUUGAUCGACACAGGCACUUAUUUAGUUUCAAACGUGGACACCAAGAGUCUUGUAUAAGUAACUGCCGCUGUGCGAAAACGAACAGUUUAUCAGAAGAGAGCGUAACAUCUGGUGUUUGAACUCCGCGCAUACGUAGUUUUAGCACGCUAGCUAGCCAGCUAACUGCGCUAGCCGAAGAAGAAAGGCCGCCGAGUUGACCCAGCGUCAGUUACUCCAACUGAACGAAUCGCCCUGGCAGAUUACAGCUGACGUUCAGUAGCUGGACCGCAAAACCUUCGCUCAAAAGACGAGAACACCGAGAAAGGAUGGCUCUGAAAAGGAUUCACAAGGAACUUAAUGACCUGGCUCGUGACCCUCCAGCACAGUGCUCAGCUGGCCCAGUGGGUGAUGACAUGUUUCACUGGCAGGCCACAAUCAUGGGACCAAGCGACAGUCCAUAUCAGGGAGGAGUUUUCUUCUUGACAAUUCAUUUUCCAACAGACUACCCCUUCAAACCACCCAAGGUUGCAUUCACAACAAGAAUUUACCACCCAAAUAUUAACAGUAACGGCAGUAUCUGUCUGGAUAUUCUCAGAUCACAGUGGUCUCCAGCACUUACUAUUUCUAAAGUUCUUCUCUCCAUUUGCUCACUCCUAUGUGACCCAAACCCCGACGACCCACUAGUGCCAGAGAUUGCACGAAUCUACAAAACAGAUAGUCAGAAGUACAAUAAACUAGCUCAGGAGUGGACAACAAAAUAUGCCAUGCUUUAGGAUACAUAAAAAUGGCGAAAGAAUGGACACAGAAGUACGCAAUGUGAUGACAUCGUUUGAAGAGCAGGUGGAAAUCGUUGCUGGUUCAAACUUAAAAUUACGGGAUUCAGUUUUUUUUUUUCUUUUUCACUGUAUUUUUGGUUAAUCAAUGCAUUUGACCUCCCCUCUUUUUUUAUUUUUGUUUUUUUUUUAUUUUCUUCCCCCCCCCACCUGCACGCUCAUAAGAAGAUAGUGUUUUCUCUGUAGGUCAUGCCAGUUUCUGUCAAAUUGUGACUCCUUUUUGAGUUGAACAGAAGGAAAAAAAAAACCAACGAAAUCAUAGCUCCUAACACCAGAGCGAGAGCGCUCGACACAUUGUAAUCAUUUCCACACUUCAAAACUCGGACGCAGCUGUUCCCCUGAAACCUGCUGAAAAAUCAAUCCCACGAUGCCCUCUCCAAUUCGUCAUCCGGCUGGAUUUUUGUCUCUGAUCGCUGCAUUUCUCUUUGAGCUGGCAGUUUCUUGAAAACGUUUCUUCCCUAAUUGGUAUAAUUCUGCAUUUUAUCAGAUAGCAGAAUUUUGAGCGCGAGGAAACUGGUUGCAUCUCAUGAACUGAGGUGACGUCAGUAUGUUUCUCUGAUCAAUAGUGUAGGAAUCUAUCUGAUAAGUGUAUCUUAUUCCACUGUCAAAGUGUGUACAGAGAAGCAGAGCAGCAUAUAUCAAUGUUAAGGAAACAAAUAUAAGAAGUUCAAUGUUGUAUUUUAUGCAUGUUAAUAAAGGUAGGCUAUUAUAUCUGAUGUUUCUGCAAAUUAAGUGAAUUGUAAGGUUGAACAGUUGGGGGGGAGGGGAUUGGUUCUUCACAAAUGCUUUUCAUUUCUUUUUUUUCUGUUAUUUAGAAGCCAGUAGAUGAGCAUUUUUCUUUUCUCUUCAUUUUUAUGCCCACUCAAACACUGUCUUCUUGUAGCCCUGAAAUGUUGAUGCAAAGCUAAAGGGUUGAUGAUCAACUCAUAGCUCUGUUUCUUUUUAGUUUCCCCUUCAAUAAAGUUUCUCCAAACUAUA